AUGCCGAGGGUUAAACAUCCGAGGGUUGGUUGCCGAGGGUUGUACUUACACACCCGCUCAAGCAACACAAAAAUCAGCAAAACGCUGUGAAUACGGUGCACCCUGUAGCUCAAAACCUAGAUAAGGUUCAUGAAAAACUAAAUAUAGGAUGAAAAUCAGCGCAUCGAGUUCUACCUGACUUGCUACUUUUCUUAUUAUUUGAGGUCCUGCGAAGAAAGUUAGCAAUCGCGACAAGACCCAACGCAUGAAAUAUAUCAUGUUCCUUUAAUACUGUAGUGCGAAAUAUAACAGCGAACAGAGAGAAUUAGGCAAAAGUGUUUGCACAGUUUUUUUCAAUCGCAGAUUUUUCGUUUUACAGUAGAAAACACUCAUUGCGUGGCUUGAACGGGUGUGCUUAUGACCCAAAAAAAAGAGGAAUUGGAGUUGGAGCGUAUUUGCAUAGUCUGCGUCUCUCUUCAAAACCAAUACUCUCUCGCCACAUUUUCCACGCAUUUCAUUUCUUUUUUUUUUGGUUGGUGCUUCUUUUCCCUCAUUUUUAGCGGGAAAUUAAGGUUUUUCGAGGGUUAGGGGAAAUUUAGGAAUAUUAUAAAAUGAAAAAUCGAUUUUUUCAGGUCUAAUUAGGCUUAGGCUCAAUUUUAAGCUAAUUUAGAUGAAACUAAGGUUUUUUUUCAUUUUUUUUACUGAGAAUCGCCCAAAAUUGAGUUUUUAAUUUGAAAAAGUGGAGUUUUUCCAGGAAUCGAAUGAAUCGACGUGGAUUUGUGUGAAAAAUCGAUUUUGGCUGCUGGCUCGACCCAAUUCACCAUCGAAAAUUAUGACGUUUUGCUUGAGAAUUGGUGAGUUUUAUUGAUUUUUUAUAGGGAGAGGGAGGGGGAUUUGGAGCAUUUUGAGCUCGAAUAAUUUGGUUCAAAACGUUACUUAUUCUAAAAUAUAAAUCACCAUGAAAUUUCAAACAUUUUGAGUUCAAAUUUGAAUUUUUACAAGAAAAUUUAAUUUUCUAACCAUUUUCAAUAUUUUCUUGAUUCUCUAAAAAUUCAAAUUCCUCAGUUUUUGAUUUUUUUUUUCUGGAUUUUCUUUUUUUCUGACCUAAAAAGAUACAAUCUCUAAUUUAUCCUUCAAAAAUCUUCUUCCUCUUCAAAAAAAUCGAUUUUUUCUCUCAGAAAAUCUGAAAACCUUUUAAAUUGCCAAUUAGUACAGAUCUAUAAUCUAUCCUAAUUAUCUUUAUAUUUUCUUAAGGCAAAAUAAAACCUGUUAAAAAUUGAAUUAAAAUCGAGAUCGUCUGGAAGAUAUUGAGGGAAAAAGUGUAGCUGAGAAGAGGAUUUUGUAGUCAGAAAAAAGGUGUUUUGAUGAGGUUUUGUGAUAAAAAUUGAGAAAACUAGGAGAUUUUAUAGAGGAGAACAUUUUUAUGCUAAAAAUAUUGAUUUUGAAUACAAUUUUCUCAUGGAAACGCAAUUUUUUUGUCAGAAAAUCGUUAAAAAUUCAUAUUUUUAGCUCAUUUUUCGUCUGAAAAUUCACAAAAAAUUUCGGAACUCUUCAGAAUUUGAAAUUUUUUCCAGGUUUCUCCCUAAUUCUGCUAUGUAUAUUUGUGCAUUUUGUGUGUAGUUUGGCUCCGAAAAAUUCCAAUUCAAAUUUCAACAACAACCAAAAUAAUAAUAUCAACAAUAAUAAUGGACAAUUUUCGGAGUUUUCAACAUCUUCGAAAAACGAGGAAAAUAAUGUGAUUGUUGCCAAUAAAACUGAUGUGCUGGGGUGAGUUUUUUCGAGAUUUUUUGGGUGAAAACAUCGGGAUUUUUAUGAAAAAUUAGCAAAGAAUAGUGAAAAUGAUGAUUUCGAAUUAAAAAUUGAGGAAGUUUUCAAACCCCAAUUUUAAAGCUAAAAAUUUAUCGAAAAAAUCCUAUUUGUUAGCCUUAAAUUAUCAGAAAUGAACUAAUUUCAGCUGAAAAUCUAUAAAAAUUCCAAAUUUCCCAAAUUCUCCAUCAAACCCUCAUUUUGCAGCGAACAAAUCGACGCAAAUUCGACAAGUCUCGAACAACACGGUGCCGUAAUUGUUGGAAAUGUAUCCGAGGAGAAAAAACGAUCAAUGGCCAUUUUUUUCAUUCUAUUCGUCAUUGUUCUUGCGACUCUUGUUGUUCAUAUGCUCAUCAUUUCGAAAAUUCAUUAUAUUCCCGAAAGUUUGGCGAUUGUUGCGUUGGGUAAGCUGAAAAUUUGGGAUUUUUUUGAAGUGGGGAAACAAGCCUAGGUUUAGAGCUGGAAUUUCAUGAAAAUCUCGAAUUUUUGAAUGUAAAUAAGCCCAGGCUUAGAGUUGUUUUCGAAAUUUCUUCAAGCCCUGAAAAAUUCUACUUUUUUGUGAAUUGUUUGAAUAUAAAUAGCCUUGACUUUGGUUUUCAGAGCUGAAAAUUACUGAAAUUGCAAGACUUGGCUUAAGCCUAACCCUGAUUUAAAAAAAAAACAGUAAAAAUUUUUUUUAGUUAGAAAUCUGGGCUUUGAAUAUAAGUAAGCUAUUAUAAUUUUUUUUUCAAAAAAAAAUUACUGUUUCAAAAAAAGCACUAAUUUUGAAAAAAAAAUGAUUAUUUGAUCCAUCUUUCGCAAUCAUAUUGAAUUCCUAAACCUUUCCAAUUUCCCUUCGAAUUUCUCUAAUAUUUCUGUUUUAGGUGCUCUAAUUGGCUCAAUUCUCUCAUAUUCCCAACGUGAUUGGAGUGAAAUCGAAGCUCUUUCACCCGAUGUUUUCUUCUUGGUUCUACUUCCUCCAAUCAUUUUCGAAAAUGCCUAUAACCUCAACAAAGGCUAUUUCUUCUCGAAUUUCGUUCCAAUCUUGACUUUCGCUAUUUUGGGAACUGCAAUUUCAGCAAUUGUUAUUGGAAUUGGUCUAUAUGUUUUGGGAGUGUUGGGAAUUGUUUUUGAGCUCUCUUUUUUUGAAUGUUUUGCUUUUGCGUCGAUGAUUUCGGCGGUGGAUCCAGUUGCGACUUUGGCUAUUUUUCAAGCUGUUAAAGGUGGGCAUUUUUGGGUAGGAUUUGGGGGUCGAAAACCAUGAAGCUUUCCGUAGAUUUUGUCUAAUCUGAGCAAUGAUCCAAAAAUUCAUUUUUUUAAAUUUUCGAAAAAUACUAUUUUUUGAUCAACUCUUUUUUCGUUCAAAAAUUUGUAAAUCUGGAAGAGCUUCCAGUUUUACUAAUCCAUCAUUGUCGAGUCAAAUUUCAUGCUCUUAGUCAAAAUUUCGAAAGAAUAUUGCUCAUGUUAAUUUUUUCACGCAAAAAAAGAAACGAAACAAUAUUACUAAUUCUCAUACUUUUUGAUUUUGUAAUAUUGAAUUUUUGAAACGUAUUUUUUCACGAGUUUUUUGUAGGUGGAAUUCACCUUGUUCUGAUAUUCUUGAAUAAUUGUUUUUUAAAAAUCAUUGCUCAUACUAGAAAGUAAAUAUCCAUUUAUGAGGCCUCAAUCUCUAUUUUUCAGUCGAAUCACUUCUCUACAUGCUCGUAUUUGGUGAAUCAAUGUUAAAUGAUGCAGUUUCAAUUGUUCUCGCCGCAACUGCUGUCAAACAUUCAAAAUCCCCAUUCGAUUCAAUGCCAGCUUCCGAAAUCUUCUCAUCCGCUUUCAUUACUUUCACUGAAAUGUUUUUUCUUUCUGCAAUUCUUGGAAUAUCUGUCGGUUUAUUGAGUGCUCUUUUAUUCAAACAUGUUGAUUUGCGAAAAACACCUUCACUCGAAUUCGCCCUUUUAUUAAUUUGCUCAUAUAUUCCUUAUGGUUUUGCUGAAUCUUUAAAUUUAUCGGGAAUUAUGGCUAUUUUAUUUUGCGGAAUUACGAUGUCACAAUAUACGAGACAUAAUGUUAGCCCCAUUGCUCAGAUUACAUUCAGACACACGUUUAGAACGAUUUCUUUUGUGGCCGGUGAGUUUUUAGGGAGUAUAAUUGACCAAAAAACGUUGUAUUUUUGCAGAAACCUCAACAUUUGCCUACAUUGGAAUGGCCUUCUUCACAAUCAAAUUGAAUUUUCAACCUUGGCUCAUUUUUUGGAGUAUUGUGAGUUUUUUUGGGACACGGUUUCUUAACUGAAAAUUUAAAACAACGCCUGAUUUCUGCGGGAAAUUGGCUGAAAAAUUAACAAAAUUUAGAAUAGGACAUUUUUCUUCAAAUUUUGAUGCGGAAUAUUUUCUGUUAAAUAUAGAAUUUUUCAAUUUUGAAAACUUCGAAGAAAUAUUCCUUUUCCAUGUGCUAGAAAUCCUGAUUUCCAGAAAAUCUUGAAAUCGAGUCUGAAAACUAGGUUGAAAAGGCAUUUUCGGUUAAAAAAUCAUCUCGAAAAUUGGAUUUUGUAGCCAAAAAAUUCACAGACCUAAAAUUAGCCAAUGAAAUUUUUAAGCUAAAAAUUUACCUUAAAUUCACCUUUAUAACCCCUCUAAAUUCACAAUUUGCAGGUUCUUUGCCUUCUUGGCCGCGCAAUGAAUGUGUUUCCCCUUUCAUAUUGUGUAAAUCAAUGUCGAAAAGACGUGCAAAUCUCGAUGAAAAAUCAAAUAAUAAUGUGGUUUUCGGGAAUGCGUGGAGCUGUUUGUUUCGCCUUGGUUUUAUAUAUGGAUGUGAAUAAGGAAAAGAAAUCAGUUCUGCUCACAACAACACUUUUCUUGAUUUUAUUCACCACCAUUUUUAUGGGCGGAUCUGCACUGCCUUUUAUUAGUUUUAUCAAUAAAUGCUAUCCGAAUGAAAGAAUAAAAAGAAGGCGAAGAGCACAGCAAAGGAAAAUGGAUGGAGAGAAAAGUGGAAGUGGAGAGGGACAACUUAUGUUGAGCAAAACACAGGAAAUGGUAGGCCAGCGGGAAGAGCCGAGAGGGGGGAGAUAUGUGAAAAUCCGAAACUUUUUGAGAGUUUUCAUGCAAAGUUCUGAAGUACCACGUUGAUUUUGGCUUCUAUUCACAUCUGAAUUUUUAGAUUGUCGUGAAAAUUUGGGUCUGAAUUUUGAUUCAAGAAAUUGAGAAAAUUUCAUUUUUUCCCCUCAAAUGAAAAUUUUCAAAUUUAAAAAUGAAAUUUUCAAAAAUUAUUUUUUCUAGUCCUUCUUCGGCAGUGAUGAUUGGGGACCGAAAAAGUCGGCGCUGGACGCAACAACCACAGCCGGUCGAUUAAUGCGAUCACUUUUCGUUCGAAAAUUCACAGCCGUCGAAAGAAUGGAAAAUCGAGAUGGAUUGGCUGCAUUAACAAAAAGAGUAUUAGCAAGUGAUCAAAUGACAGACAGUGAUGAAUGUGUUGAAUUAGGAAGAGGCGGAAAAGAAGCGAGAAGUCGAAGUAAUUCGAGAAAUAUGGCUGGAAAUAGUGGAAUUGGUAGUGAUGUUAUUGUUGUUGGAAGUGGACAAGAACAUUUAUUGUUGGUUAGUUCGAGCGAUUUGUCGGAGUAG